CUUGCCGCUGUCCCUGUCGGCGACCACUGCCCUCAAAAUGGCGUCUCAUAUUCUUUUCGAGUCUGCCUCUGGCUAUGCUAUCUUCGAAGUCAAACUCAAGGACGAUGUCGGCGCCAUGACCAAGGCCGUGCAGGACUCCAUCGCAGACCUCGCACGGUUUGGAAAAAUGGUCUCUUUGGUUAGCUUUGCGCCCUUCAAAAGUGCAGCGCAUGCGCUGGAAAAUGCCAACGAUAUUUCAGAAGGUACGGUGAACGAGGACCUGAAGUCUUUACUGGAGCUCAACCUCUCCAAGCCUUCGAAAAAAUCCACAAUCGUACUCGGCGUCUCCGAACCUAUCCUUGCCAGUUCCAUCAAAGCUGCAGUCAACAUUCCUUGCGACACCUCCGAAUCUACCGCCGAACUCCUUCGCGGGAUUCGUCUUCAUGCCGCCAAACUCCUCAAAGGUCUCGAGGCCAACGACAUCACCAAAGCUCAGCUCGGUCUCGGCCACUCAUACUCUCGCUCAAAGCUAAAGUUCAACGUGAAUCGUAUCGACAAUAUGAUCAUCCAGGCAAUUGCCCUUCUCGACCAGCUCGACAAGGACGUCAACCUUUUCUCCAUGCGUAUUCGCGAAUGGUAUGGCUAUCACUUCCCAGAGCUCGUCAAAAUUGUCCCCGACAACUACCAGUACGCUCGCGUUGCACAGUUCAUCGGUCCUAAGGAGACUCUCAACGAAGAGAAGCUGCCCGACCUCGCCGCUAUCCUCGAUGACGAUAACACCCGUGCCCAAAAUGUUCUCGACGCCGCUAAUGGAUCCAUGGGCUCAUCACUCUCCGAGGUCGACAUGCUCAAUAUCUCCGCAUUUGCCGGCCGUGUUGUCUCUAUCGCAGAGUACCGCAAAUCUCUCACCAGCUACCUCACCGAGAAGAUGAACCUCGUUGCACCUAGUCUGACUGCGCUCUUGGGCGAGCGGAUAGGUGCUCGGCUGAUCAGUCACGCGGGCAGUCUCACGAACUUGAGCAAGUACCCCGCGAGUACCGUGCAGAUUCUCGGUGCAGAGAAGGCGUUGUUCAGAGCGCUGAAGACGAAGGGGAAUACGCCGAAGUAUGGCCUCAUCUACCACUCGUCCUUCAUUGGUCGUGCUUCGCCCAAGCACAAGGGUCGCAUUUCGCGAUUCCUCGCCAACAAAUGCUCCAUUGCCUCGCGGAUAGACUGCUUCUCAGAAAAUCCCACUCCCAAAUUCGGCGAUGCCCUCCGUAUGCAAGUUGAAGAACGCCUCAACUUUUUCGAGAAAGGCGAGCCACCAUCAAAGAACUCCGACGCCAUGCGCAAAGUCCUCGAUGAGCUCGCUCUCGAUGCCGAUGACGAUGAAGAUGUGGAGAUGGGCGACGAGGAGCCAACGCUGCCGCUGCUAGAGGCGACGCCGAAGAAGGAUCAGAAGAAGAAGCGGAAAAGCGAGGUGAUGGAUGUGGACGACGAGGAACCGUCGAAGAAGGUGAAGCUGAGCAAGGAGGAGCGGAAGGCGGAGAAGAAGGCUGCUAAGAAGGCCGCGAAGGAGGCUGCUGCCGCAGACGGUGAGCCGCCUAAGAAAAAGGAGAAGAAAGACAAGAAGGAGAAAAAACAUAAGAGUAAGGAGUGAUACGGUCGUGAUCAUCGCCGCACUCUCUUUCUUCCAUUUUUUCUCCGCUUUUCUGUAUGUUUAUCUCCGGGUGCAUCUCAUUUCUUGAUCUCUUUCAUUACUCUUUGUGUGCGGAAGCGACUGCCAGGACCGCGCACCUUGUCUGAAGCCCCGUUAUCGUCACAACAUCCCGCGAA